AUGUCGCUCGCUUCUGUUCUUGCUUCUACACCUAUCUCUACACCCCCAGCAUCACCAUCUAGAGAGCAGUCAAGUCCAAAUCGCCCAAGGAUAACUAUACCGCCGUCUUCCGGAGGAGUUGUAUCUGUGCUGAGCGCUGGAAGCAAGCACAGUGUUGCGAGGAAACCGUUGAGGGCUUCAAGGGAGAUAGGGCGGGAACAGCAGCAGCACUCAUCACCACCGUCUCUACAGGCUUUCGGACCAAGCCCUACACAGCAGGAUUAUCAGCAACGACAAUAUCAACAACGGCAUCCUGAUUUCGAUACUCUGCACUCCCUGAUCACUCCACCCUCCAACAACACCAAUUUCACGACUAACAACAUGACUUCAUCACCGGACGACUCAGCUUCAACGCUCUACUACACGGCCACCACAAUCCCCUCCCCACACUCCCAACCACUUUCGACAGUACACGCCUUCCCCUCCCGCCUCUCCGGGACGACCGUCUACAUAGUGGUUGACCCCGUGACCGAGGAGGCCGCCAUCAUCAACCCGAUCCUGGACUUGGACCCCACAACCAACGAGAUCAGGACCAGGCAUGCCGACCGCUUGCUGAAAUUCGUGAGCGAUGAGGGGCUGAGUGUGCGGUGGGUGUUGGAGACAGGGAUCCAUGUUGAUCGGAUUAGUGCUUGUCGGUAUCUGCAGAUUCAGUUGGAGCAGAGGAAUGCUUUGGAGGGAGAGGGUGGGAAGGUGGUGGUGGGGACGGCGGAGAACUCGUUUUGUACUUGUGGCGAUGAUGAUGAUGAUGAAGACCAAGCCGCAUCACCAGACACGACACGCACCGCAUCACGAACUUCCACGAUGUCGCCGACGAAACUACCGGAAGCAUUCGAUCGCCUCUUUGCCGAUGGCGAGCACCUCCGCUUGGGCAACAUUGUGUUCCAGUGCGUCCACCUGGACGGGCAUGAGGGUUGCGAGUAUAUCUUUGGAGACAAUGUUUUCGGGAGCAACCUUCUCAAAGUCCUAGGCGGGGAGAUGUCGAAUGGGCAAACAUCAGGCAGGGCCAGCGUGACGAACCACCCAGACCCACCGCCCGAGAAGCAUCAACAACACGGAAGAGGCGAUAGCACCGUUUCAUCGCGGCAGAAGAUCACGAUUGACGAAGUGCUGAGCUCUUCUGCGACACCCAGCGAACAAACCAACGGGGAUAGCAGCACUAUCAAUGGGGUGCCUCAGGAGCCGCCGAGGCCGAGUCCAAUGCUGGCUUUUUAUGCGGAGCAAGUUAAUACCAGGGGUGGAAGGAUACCGAAGAAGAUUAACCUGCCAGCGGCGACGCAACGGCGGCUUACCCUGUCAGAAGGCGAUCUGGCGGGGCUUGAUCUCAACGGGAAGGGGAAGGGGAGGGAGAGUUUAGGUGGGGGCGGAGGUCAACAACAGCAGCAACAGCAGCAGGGGCACCAGCAGGGGAUGGUUGCGCCGUUGAAGAUUCCGCGGAAGCUAGGGGUUAUUAUGUGCUGA